AAAAAAAAAGUUUCUCGUUUUCUUCAACAUUGAAAGGGCAUUAAGCCUCUCUCUCUCUCUCCCCCUUCUCUAUCUCUAUAUCUCCCGCUCCGUGGUUCUUUCGUAAAUUUCUCCAAUUAUAAAUCUCGCCGGCGGCGGCGAUCAACCUAAUCGGAGUCUUUUAUUUUUGUAUUAUAUACGGUGUAAGAUCAAAUCAAAAAUCCAAAGUCCCCUAAAAACCUCCGUCCUGGUGUUUUUUUUUUUUAAUAUCUCGAUUUUAGGGUUUGAAAUCGAUUUUUUUGGGGGUUUUUGUGAGAGAUUUGUGAGGGGGGGAAGAAGAUGCCGAGGAGUACGAGGCAUAAAUCGAGUAAGCAUAAGGAUGCGGCGGCGGCGAAGGAGUAUUCUGAUUCGGAGAAAGAGUCGAGUUUGAAGGAGAAGAAGAGUAAAGAAGAGAUUGCUUCUAGUGUUAGGGUUUCGAAAGAGUCUGGUUCUGGUGAUAAGCGUAAAGAGUAUUAUGAUUCGGUUAAUGGUGAGUAUUACGAGGAGUAUACUUCUUCUUCGUCGAAACGGAGGAAAGGGAAGAGUGGUGAUAGUGGUGGUAGUGAUAGGUGGAAUGGGAAAGAUGAUGAGAAAGGUGAGAGUUCGAAGAAGGUGAAGUCGUCUAGUGAGAAGAGUAGUAGGAGGAGAGAUGAUGGGGAUGGUGAGGAGACGAAGAAGAGUAGUGGUAAGAGUGAUGGGAAGCAUAGAGAGUCUAGUAGAAGGGAGAGUAAAGAUUCUGAGAAGGAGAGGGAGAGGGAGAAAUGGGCAGAGGGCAAGGUAAUAUGUGGAGAGGUGUCCCAAGCUGGCCAUCUACACUUCCAAAUGGAUAUAUUCCAUUUCAACACGUUCCACCUCAUGGAGGUUUCCAAACUAUGAUGCCGCAAUUCCCAUCUCCAUCUCUCUUUGGGGUGAGGCCUUCAAUGGAAAUGAACCAUCAGGGAAUCUCUUACCAUAUACCUGAUGCUGACAGGUUCUCUGGUCACAUGCGUCCACUCGGGUGGCAGAAUAUGAUGGAUGCCUCAAGCGCUUCUCACAUGCAUGGAUUUUUUGGGGAUAUGAGUAAUAGUGGUUUCAGGGAUGAAUCAAACAUGUAUGGGGGAUCUGAGUGGGACCAUAACAGGCGGAUGCAAGGCCGGGGCUGGGAAUCUGGUGCAGAUGAAUGGAAAACUCGAAAUGGAGAUGCGAGCAUGGAAGUCUCAUCAAUGUCUGUUAAAGAUGAUAACUCAGCUCAGGUUGCUGAUGAUGAGUCUCUUGGUGGCCAAACAAGUCACUCUGAUAAUAACAGGGCAAAAAGCGUUGAAGCUGGGUCAAAUCUAACAUCUCCAGCAAAAGAAGUGCAUGCAAGUUCUCCCAAAGUGAUGGCGGAAGUUGCAGCUGAAGAUCUUGUUUCAGAAACAAUUGAUAACACUGAACGUUAUCGCCGGCAUUAUCUCUCAAAGCUUGAUAUAUCAGCAGGACUUACUGAUUCCGAGCUGCGUAAAUGCAUUAGCUUAUUGAUAGGUGAAGAACAUCUAACAGCUGACGAUGGAACUGCCGUGUUUGUAAAUCUCAAGGAAGGUGGGAAGAGAGUGCCCAAAAGUAACAGUACUUCCUUGGCGGCUCUUUCACUGUUACCAUCUCAGAACUUUUCAGUAUUUCAGAUAGCUAUGGACUUCUAUAAGGAGCAACGAUUUGAAAUAAAGGGUCUUCCAAAUGUCAAAAGUCACGGGCCUUCUCAAGUCUCUCCUUCCAAUCUGGUUAAAGUCGAAAACACUGAUGAUCUUAAUGAUGAAGUGAAAGUAAUUAGUUCAACGGAGACAUCAGAUGUGAAAAUUGCGGAUGUGUCAGAUUCAGACACAUCCCAAAAUGAACUGCAAAAAGUGUCGUCACAUGUUGGUACAGAAAUGGAGAUAGAAACACUAGACGCAGGAUCUUUGUCUCCCAACCCAGACAAGUCACCUGAGUCCCUAAAAGCUGUGGCGUCAGAUGACAUUGAAGGUUAUGUGCAAGCUGUGGCUUCAGACAACAUUGAAGGUGAUGAGCAAGAGACGAAGCCGAAGCCAGAUGAUGGAGCUGGUGUAGACCAAACAAUGGAGACAGCUCCCGAGCAUGAUGGUGGUCCAGAAGAUGAUCCAGUUACCUACUUGUCAGUAGCUUCACCGGCUCCCGAGCAUGAUGGUGUUCCAGAAGAUGAUCCAGUUACCUUGUCAGUAGAUUCACCGGCACGCGUGGCUAUGGAUGUCGAUGAGCGGAAAGAUUUGUAUGUAGACGAGAACAUGGAAGAAGCAGAAGAGAAGAAGGAAGCUGGUGAUGUAGUUGUUGGGGAUGUAUCUCCAAAGGUAACAGAACCAUUAGUUCAUGAAUCUGAUGAGUCAGUAAUAAGUCGGAUACAUGAUUCUCCUCAAAGUACACAUUAAGACAUUUCUAUAUUUCCAUCUCAUAUCUGUUUUGUUUUUUUCAAAAUCUUUACUUCCAAUGCAAUUUUUUUUCCUUCUCAAAAUUCAUAUCUUUAUUUUC